GGGUUUACAGUAUUAAAUAAAUUAAUUUAGCAUUAGGAGCGAUCAACCGUGCGGAGACCCCAAACACCAGACGACCGCUGAUGAGUUUGCUCUGUCUCUCGUAAUAAUAGAUCCAAAGGCCAACGGCAGAGAGAGAGAGAGAGGGAUUGAGAAUUGCUCGAGUGAGUGAAGAUGGUGAGCAAAACAGAGGAGGCAAGGGUGCAGAGCCUGGAGGAUCAGGUGGACAACGGAGGAGGAGGGGCUUGGGAGUACCUCUGUCUCGUUCGGAAACUCAAGCUCCGACGCUCCGACAAGGUCUUGAAGUACGGUUUGUCCAUCUUGAAUGACUCCAAUAAGCGAUCCGCUCUCGGCUCCGAAGAGUGGACUUUAUAUGAGCAGGUUGCUAUUGCAGCUCUGGACUGCCAAUGCCUUGAUCUUGCAAAGGAUUGCAUAAAGGUUUUACGAAAGAAAUUUCCUGAGAGCAAGAGGAUUGGUAGGUUGGAAGCAAUGCUACUUGAAGCAAAAGGAUCCUGGGCUGAGGCAGAAAAAGCUUACUCAAGCCUUUUGGAGGAUAAUCCAUUCGAUCAGGUAGUCCAUAAGAGAAAGGCAGCUAUGGCAAAGGCACAAGGCAACCUUUCAGGGGCCAUUGAGUGUAUAAAUAAAUAUCUUGAAACAUUUAUGGCAGAUCAUGAUGCCUGGAGGGAACUUGCUGAAAUUUAUGUCUCUCUACAAAUGUUCAAGCAGGCAGCUUUCUGCUAUGAAGAGUUAAUCCUAUCUCAACCAACAAAUCCACUGUAUCACCUGGCAUAUGCAGAUGUGCUUUACACACUUGGUGGACUCGAAAACCUUCAGACAGCUAAGAAGUAUUAUGCAUCUGCCAUAGACUUAACUGGUGGGAAGAACACCAGAGCACUUUAUGGCAUUUGCUUGUGUACAUUUGCCAUCGGACAGCUGGCGAAAGGGCGUAGCAAGGAGGACAAGGAGAGCCCGGAGUUGCAAUCCCUGGCAGUAGCAGCCUUGGAGAAGGACUAUAAGCAGUCAGCUCCCAGCAAGCUUUCUUUGCUUACUUCCACCUUCAGGAGCUUAAAACUUUCUUCCUAGACUAACCUUUUGGUAUUGAUUGGAUUUGGAGCUACUAUUAUUAAUUUGCACACCCCCUCUGCCCUCAGGCCAAAUUGGAAGGGGCGAAACCAUAGUUUGCUCACUUUCCGUUUUUGUGGAAUUGGACCUGCUUUCUUGUGUCCCUUUUAGUAUUUGUUUGAUUGCACAAUGAUAAAACAUGUUUUUCUUC